UAGAAAAACAAGGGUAUUUUAGUAUACAGAUAGUUUACAAACACAAAGUAGAAGAUCAUUGAUCCUUCUCAGAACUACAUGUAUAUAAAAAGCCAUGUAUCUAGCCAUGCCUAUGCAAUAUAAGCUGAGAAACCUUCAAAAAUAGGAGUCCAAGAUACUUAAGAGAAAGCUAGUCAGCUAGCUAGCAGAGAUGGUGUGCAGAGUGGAAAGGAAUCAAAAGGGUUUGCAAAGAAAACUUCGAAUUCUUCGUGACCUUACCGGUUCAAAAUCGGUGAGGAUGAAUUCCAUCAUUUUGGAUGCCUUUGACUAUAUCAAACAGUUGAAACUCAAAGUUGAAGCUCUCGACAAUCAAUAUCUUCACCUAAUCAGCCGUAUUCAUCCGCCCACGCAGGAGGUAAAGGUCGAGAGGAUCGGCAAUAAUGGUUUUUUGGUGAAGGUGAAUUGCAAGAAAGAGAAGGAUUUGAUGGUGCCAAUAUUAGAAAGUUUUGAGGAAAAAGGUCUUAACGUGCUUCAACUCAAUGUGUCAUGCAACCAAUCCGCAUUUUGUAUGGAAGCUAUCACUGAAGAUGUAGAUUGUGAAAACUCGAAUUAUCUAGAUGUUAGAGAUGUAACGGAGACUGUUUUACAGGCUUUGAGAGGCAAACUUGGAGAAAUAUAACCAAGCAUGUUGUUGCGUCCUUCAUUGAAAAAUGCUUACCAGAAGUAAGCGAAGAACAAAGAUCCCAACACACAAAAAAGGCAUGGAGAAACUCAAGCCGAACACUUCUAUAAAGAGAGAAAAACAACCCAAAAAGCUAGCAACACAUUAAGCUACAAAGAAUCCAGACCAAUUCGAUGUAACAUUUUCAAGAGAGAUGCCUUCAAGAGGUUUGGAAUUUCUACACCAAUUAUAAGCUUGAAUCUCAUUUGAUGGAUCAUUUGAUCUUCAUCCGUUAUCACAUAGUUGAAUAUAACAUCAUUUCUGCUGUUC